CAGCUUCUAAAGAAGGCAAGUAAGGUUGCACUGUGUUCAGGUGGUACCGGCUCAUCCGUUACUUGGAUCUGUGCAUUUCAGAUGAGUAAACGUGGUUUCUUAGAUCUAAACGACGAUAACUUCUGGGGAAAUGAGGAAUCAAAGACAGAAGUCAACAGUGAGCAGGAGGACACUUCAGAGGACAAAUGUGUUGAUCAUUUCGAUAAAGGAGACGAUAUGGAAACAGCCGAAGAAGAAUCACAAAAUGAGGAGUUUAGAAGUAGUGGUAAAAACGAUCGAGAUGGUUGGGAGAAUGUGAGAGCCGACGUAAUGAAGAAGACAGAUGGGAAACUAGAUAUUGGUCAUCCAUUCCGUCACAACUCGCCAUUCGGUGGGUUUUCCCGAACGAAUGCCGCUUCAUAUUACCAAGAUGAACAAAAUGGUCGAAGAGCUGAACGUCUACCUAUAAGGCGACAGCAGGAUCACUCUCAAAUGAUGCGGCAUCGUGCUAAUACAUUUAUGGAAAACGGUCAAAUGGAAACUCAAGCCGAAUUGCUUUCUCGUAGAGACUUCAGUACUUUAGAUAGUUUUGCUCAUUAUCUACAUACAAGUACUAAUCAGCAUUUCCUCAAGGCGCUGAAUACGGUAUAUCGCGACAAGUGCUCGUUCCUGCCGAAUAUACAACGAGAACGAUGGACAGCAAAAAGGCAUGAGGAUAACGCAGAGGACAGGGAGGCCUGGGAACGAGAAAGACUGUCAUCUUCUGGUAGUGGCAGCAGUGUGAUAGAGCAUUCAGGAGAUGGACCCCGAGUUGGAUGGAGCAGUAACGAGCGGACCGAUCUGAAUAUGAUUGAUGAGCAGUACGUGGAGUAUUACGAAUACCUGUGCCAAGGUAUUCAGAGACUUUUCGAAAGUGGCAUCACAUUCAACGCCGAUUGUGAAUCCCGAGGAAGCUCGUCAUCGUUCCAACAGCCAGUGUGGUAG